UUUCUGUGCAAUCAUUUCCCUUAUUAUAUAUAGUCAUCAUGAGCACAUGAAUUUUAUCCGCAUUGAAAUAGGUUGCUUAAUCUGAGAUCAGCAAAAAAGAUCAAAGGUUGCUGAACUUUGAUCACCCGAUGGAUUCAGUACCAAGUCUAAGAGCUCUUAAACAUGUAAAAGUGGGGCAAGAACAUCAAAAAUCAAGAUUGCUCGAAAGAGGUGACGAAGAUGGACAGCCAUUGAGUCCGGUUGCUCGCUUAUUUCACGAGCCUGGGUCCAAUGUCUAUAUCGUAGCCAUCAUGGGUUUCAGAGUUAAACUGCAUCCUGAUGUUGUUAAACCUGUUCUAACGCAUGUGUUUCUCAAACACCCUCGCUUUUCUAGCUUGCAAGUUGAGGACAAAGAAAGUGGUGAGCUGAAAUGGAUCCCUACCGAGGUUGAUCUGGAAAAUCAUUUUAUAGUUUCGGAGCUGGAUCCGCCACUGCAAGCUGCUGACAAAUUUGUGGAAGACUAUGUUUCGGACCUAAGCAAAACAAACAUACCGAACACUAAGCCUCUGUGGGAUAUCCACCUCCUCAAUGUCAAAACCUCAGACGCGGAAGCUUUCCUUAUCUACCGCAUCCACCACUCGAUUGGGGAUGGCAUGUCUUUGAUGGCUCUGAUACUUGCUCAUUCUCGGCAAGUCUCUGAUCCCUCGGCCUUGCCCACACUUCCUGCCAUGAACAAGGAGUCUAAUUUUCUCAAGCUUAGGGGGUUUAGAUCGGUUGUAUACGUGUUGUGGAACACACUCAUAGCUAUCUUCAUGUUUGUUCUUACUGCAUUGUUUCUCAAAGACACUCGGACUCCGCUCAAAGGUCCUCCCGGAGUUGAGCUCAAACCCCGGCGUUUUGUUCGCCGAACCAUAGAUUUGCAGGAUUUCAAAUCGGUGAAGAAUGCCAUGCAGUGUACUAUAAACGAUGUGGUGCUCGGAGUGACACAGGCCGGUCUCUCUCGGUAUUUAAAUAGGCGAUACGGUGAUCUCCAGAAAUAUAAUGGAGCAACUGACCUGGAAAAAAAGAAUUAUCUUCCGAAAAAUAUUCGACUUAGAGCGACAUUCUUCUUCAACUUAAGAGCAUCUACCAAGAUCAAUGCUGUAGUGCCUGAUGCCGUGGAGGAAGGCGCGAAAACGGCGAAAUUCGGGAACAAAAUUGGCUACGUUAUCCUCCCUUUCAACAUAGGAAUUCAGGCGGACCCUUUGGACUAUAUUUGGCAGGCUAAGGCUGUCAUUGAUCGCAAAAAGGCUUCCUUAGAACCUCUGUUCACAUAUCUUUUUCUCAAGCUUGUUAUCAAAUUCUUUGGUGUCAAGACUGCGGGUGUUUUUUGCCAUAAGAUCUUCUUCAACACAACAUUGUGGUUCAGCAAUGUGCCUGGUCCUCAAGAAGAGAUCGCGUUUGAUGGGCAUCCAGUGGCUUUUACUGCCUGUAGCUGUUAUGGUCAGCCAAAUGCACUGAUGAUACACGUAAUUAGUUAUACAGACAAGAUAACUUUCGUGUUAUCAGUUGAUGAAGACACCAUACCUGAUCCCCACAGACUAUGCGAUGAUCUGGAAGAAUCCCUCAAACUCAUCAAGGCUGCUGCUGUACCUUCUUGAUAUAAAGUCUUCUUGUUAAAUGUUUUAUGGCUAUUAAUUAUGUUUUCAGUUCCAAUGUUCAAUUUGGACAAGUGUGUUAAAUGUGUAAAGUAAUGUUUCCAACUAAGUCUAAGUAUGUAGCAGAAUUUGAGUUUGGUUCCUUCAAUUGAUUGCUUAUAUUGGUAUUUAUAAUAA